AUGCCCCCCAAGGACUCGCCCAUUUCUGACACAGAAAUCGCACUGGCUUCUCUUGCUUCGCUGGUGCAAAACCAGAAUGCAGCCGAGCAGGUGGUGGACCUUAGUUCUGACCAACCUGCACCUGUUUUCCUCAUCCCUGAGGAUGUGCCUAGCCCUGCCGAGACCGCAGCACCAGCGCCACCCACGGUGAUCGAUGUGGACCACGCCUUGCCCAUUUGCCCUGCAAAUGCACUGCCCGAGGUGCCCGCCUGCUCAGAGGGUGCAGUAGAUACUGCCGCGCCCCUCUCUCUUGCACCUAGCGUACCAACCCAGCAACCUGCUGUUCAAGAGGGCGCAGUGGAACCUGCCACGCCCCUGCUUUCCACACAACAAGAUGCCCCAGGCAUUGCGCCGGCCGAUGUGGCCUUGAGCUCAGAGGGUGCAGUGGAUGCUGCCGCGCCCCUCUUCCCGCUUCUCAGCUCGCCGCCCCAACAACUUGCCGCCCCAGAGGGUGCAGUGGAACCUGCCGCGCCCCUCCUGCCUUCCGCACAACAAGAUGCCCCAGGCAUUGCGCCGGCCGAUUUGGCCUUGAGCUCAGAGGGUGCAGUGGAUGCUGCCGCGCCCCUCUUCCCGCUUCUCAGCUCGCCAGCCCAACAACUUGCCGCCGCAGAGGGUGCAGUGGAAUCUGCCGCGCCCCUCCUGCAACCGCAACUCCCGCAAGCAAACGCACUUGCUACUGCCAAGCCUUCGCCGGAGCCCGCUCCUUGUGCCCAGGUGUCCGUGCCCCCGCAGCAGCAUGAGCAGACUGCCUUGACCGGCCCCACUUUGAAGCAACCAGCCACGCCCCCGCUGCUCUUACCCAUGUCAGCCCGUGCGCAUUUCUUCAGCAAAGCCCUUCCACCACAUACACCACGCGAUGCCCUGGUGGACACCAUCAGCGAUUUCUCCGACGAUGAGAACCGCUACUCCCCAACAAGCGCAUCCUGCAAGACCGCGCCAAACAUCAGUUUACGCGGCCCUUCACCGAAGUGGCAACCACCACCAACACGCACCGCCUUGCAGCCCCCGCCUCCACCGGCGGAACGUCCAACCUCUAAGAGACGAGUGUGCACUGCUCCUUCGGUCGCCGCCCUUAUGCACCCGCCUCCCAGACACGCAAAGCCUUCGCCCUUCCCAAGCAUCUUUUACCCAGCGCCCCCGCCACACACGGGGGCGCCGCCCCCGGUGCUGCCCAAGCAUUCGCCGAAGCCGCAAGCAAUGCACGGUUUGCCCGCUCCUGCACCUCGUCCAACUCCGCGCAGUCUGUCGCGCACCCCACCCCCGCAGGUCCCAAGGCUAAAUGCCUCCGGAGCCUGGCUGGAAAAACUACGGCAGCAUUCAGCACCGCCAACGCCAAGCCCUCAAGCAUAUCGCUCUAUGCCACACCCGCGCGCGGUGCCCUGCGCCACAUCCAGACGCAAAAUCAAGGGGAGAACGCUGGCAUGCCAGACCGCUUGGUUCGCCCUUCUUCAAGCGUUAGGGCCGGCGUCCAAACUCUUUGCCACGUUCCAGCACCACCAGCACGCUCAGCACCACUGGUCAGUGGCCAUAGCUCCUUUCACGCCAGGCACCCUUGAGCGCUAUUUCAAAGUGGCAUGGAACCUUGUCCACAUGCUACAGGCAAAAGGGCAACCCGCAACAGAAAUAUCCCUAGACACGCUGGCUGACUUCUUCAGAGCUGCGCACAGCUCACACAAAGAAGAUUUGGACCUUCACCGCUGCUCCGCAACCAUGGCGGUUAAAUCCGCGCGCUGGCUCGCAAAGCAUUCUCAAUGGGAAGCACUGCAGCUAGCCAUGCAAGCCUCCUCGUGGAUACUACAUUGGUUGGCAGAGCUCGCGCAGCUGGCAGAUGAUUUUUUCUCCCCGACAGAUCCAAUUGACUUCAUGUGGCCUAGCACUAGCCCAGAACUUCACAGCAUUCCCUCACUGGCACCAGCCAGUUACUGCACCGCACUGCUCUUCAUACGCUGGGCAGCAACCCUUCCAUGGCUGCCACAUGGCCAGGGCCUCCUCCCUCAAGAAGCAGAGUCUCUCACCGUGCACAGCCUCAAAACUACACUGCUUGCCUCGGCCGCGCAACGCCGCCUCCCAAAAGAGGACAGGCUCUGCCAAGGACAUCAUCGCGACAGCGCUGCCCUUUAUUCGCGAAAUGACACCUUCGCAAGCCUCGACAUCCAACGGGAUAUCGCGCACGCACUGCAACAAGGCUGGCGCCCAGAACGCAGCCUUGCGCGAGGAGGACAAGCCCCUGUGCCGGAACCACCGUUCCUUGCGCCGUCAACGCCCAUCCCCCAGGCCUUGUCGGCGCACGACCUGCAAGCAGGACCAUGGAAAGCAUUCACCACCAGGCACGAAGCCCUGCACAUGAACGCAGCAAAGCAGCCGCCACGCACAAGCACAGACCAGGAUGCCCUAGAGGUCGAACAAGCCGCGCUGGAAAGAGCGUCCUCGUCAGAAACUGAUUGGUGCUCCAGCGCCCGCGAUUCGCCGCCGCCAAGCCUCUCAGAUUCUGAAGGCUCCAACCACGCAGACCCCCCAAGCACCGAAGUCAAGUUCGUGUGCUCUGGGCCAUGGGGGGUCUGGCACACUCCCACAGCUCUCUCCCUGGACGCUCUCCGCAAAUCCGGAAGCACAGACUUGACCCAGCUCCGCACCUGCUGCGGCGUUCCACUAGGCAUCGCCGCCCAGGCCUACUUCCUGACCUACCUGACCACGCUCGCAAAAACACCCAGAAGUGCCCAUUGCCCGUUGUCGCCCUGCAUCAACAGUUUUGCUACCUCGCUCAUGGAGGCAGACUUAGCAGCGAACCCCCACGAUGCACCGACGGCUCCGACUGCGCCACAGCCGGACGUGCAAGCUCUCAAAGCAAUUCUGAACUCAUGCAACGUGCCGGACCCGCUCUGCCAAGCACUCCUGAGCACAGGAGUGGAAAGCAUCACAGACUUUGCUUUCGCCUACAACACCCAAGCCGACCUUGACUCUUUUUGCCGCGUGGACAGCCUCUGGGCCGAGCUCGAUAUCACAGAGCCACAGCACAGCCCUGCAAUGGCUCGACUUCGGAUGGCUUUGCACCGCUGCAAGAGCAUCGCCAUGCAAGAAGCGCCAGCUCCUUCCGCCCUCGCCCAAGCACCAACUGCACAGUCCCCGCAAAAUGUAUGGGCGGAGCACGCCCCGCCGCGCCUCAGCACAGAAGUUGUGAACCAACUUGUGCAAACCUUCAAGCUGAACUACCCGGGCGAGCACCUGGACCGCAAUACCAUGCCAAGCAUUCGCCUUCUCAGCUUGGUACACAAGUGGUUUCAGCCAGGGGGCACCAUCACAUGGGUCCCAUGGCAGCUCCGCCUCAGCACCGCGCAGUAUGAAGACAUCAUGCACAGCAAGAGCAGCAAAAUCUCCGCCUGGCUUACCAGAGUCCAAGCCGUGCACCGCAACGCCAUUGCAAUCUGCAACGGGGCCCAUCUCAGCCGGUUGAAAGCCUUUGACACGCGCAUGCACGACCUAGCAACGCAACGCCUGCCAGACGACCUAGGACUGCGCACAGUCACCACCAGCGAACUGCUCCAGGCAGACAAGAAGCUCUGGGGUGAGCUCGCCGCACUGCACACCGCAGGCUGGUCGCUAGACGACGCUCUGCACGAACUCACCAAUAUUCGGUCAGACCUGCACUGCCUUUUGCAACCACGUGCCAAGCCCCCCCCUGCCCUGAAGAAACCUGACCUUAAAGGCAACAAAGGCAACAAAGGCGAGGGCAAAGGAGGAAAAGGAGGAGGCAAAGUCAGGAAAGAGCAGCUCAAGGCAGACGGCGCCCUGCCAAAGCUGGACCUAGUCACGGCCUACCAAGGCAAGACCCUCUGCGUCAGAUGGAACAAAGGCAUGUGCACAAACAAGCAGUGCAAGUAUACCCACGGCAUAUGCCCAGCCUCCCUUGCCCCAGCUGGCCUCAACUCCUCCCUCACCGCUCAGCCCUCCGUCGCCAUGCAGCUCCGCCUCUGCAUAAUCGCAUUCCUUCUGUCUGCACCGCCCUCUGGAGAAUUCAGCAGGCUGAAGCUGCACAAGCCCGGCCCCAAACCCCUGCGCACCCCUGAGCACAUGGACGGUGUGCCAGGCCUCGCACCAGACGAGCAACGCAAAGUAUACGAGUCUACCGAGAUACACCGCCGCAGCCGGGCCUUGCUUAGAGCCGUGCACAACAUGGGCGGCGACAUCCUGUUUGAGCAACCGCCAAGCUCCAUGGCCUGGCUGCAACCGGAUAAUAUACACUUAUGCCAAGAAAUUGCCGCAACCUGCGCCUACGUAUCAGCAUGCAUGCACGGCCUUGACGUGUGCAAAAGCUGGGCUUUCUGUGGCAGCUCGCCACGCACUGCAAAGCUUGCAGCUACUUGCAAUCACAAUGCAGGAUCGCAUGCCAACUUAUCCAACAAGUGGAACGCGGAUGGAAAAUUCUUAAGCUUCGGCUCUUCAGAGUACCCGCCGAGCCUGGCAGCACAAAUCGCACAGGUUGCCCGUCCUUUCUUGGACAUGUCCUGCAAACCUGCGCAUUCAUUUUCGGACAUUGCGGACCUGCUCCCAGAGGAAUUCGUGCCCCGAAGGCUACCUCUUUGCGACGGGGCAGGCUUGCGCAGCACGGCAGACCACAGUGGUCCAGCAAAACCGUGCAAUACACCCGCAAUGCACAGUAUCGACAAGUUAGCAGACGCCAUGCUCACAUAUAUGUUCCAGCAGGACAUCGCUCAACGCCUGCCCACGCACUUGAGCCAGGGAUUGCCCACUCACCCGUGCUCGGACGCGCAGCAAAUGGACCUAGCAGAGCUAACUGCAAGCAUCAUUAUGCCACACGUCCCGCCGGAACAGGCCCUACAGAUACAGCCUGGCCAGCCGCUCCGCCUAAACCUUCUGCACGGCCUCGCACAGGCCACGCAAGAUCCAGAUCAUGCACUUCCCGAUAAGGGGUCCCCACGGGGGCUUUCUCUCCGCUGCCGAGCAGCCAGCAAUGGGUACAAGACGUGUCAGAACUGCACUUUGGAGAAGAACUUGAGUAUGAACAUCUCCUGCAUUGCACAGGGUACCCUGCACAGCAUUAACGCACGUAACUGGCAGAACUUCCUGGACAGCCUUGAUGGGGACGCCCGCCUCACCAAAACCCCGCUGAACACCUGGCUUCCGCGCAAAGCCAAGCUCCUUGAAGUAGGAGGCCUAAAAAUCCAGUCUAAGAAAGACGUGCCCCUCGUGCCCCCUUCACACAAGCCGCAGUGGAUACGCCUAGCCGACCCAGCCAGGGGUGAAGUGCACUUGCGCGAGGACAGCCGCUUCGCACUGCAUUGGCUACACAGAUCUUUCGCAUUCGAGCAAUCACGCCCAUUGCGGGCUCAUGAGACGCUGCACUGCAUGAGCGCAGCAGACGCAAUGGGAGACGCAGACAUAGUAGGCAUUGGCGGCUGGGUAGCAACUAGCACCGGCUUCGCCUGGUUCAGCGAGACCUGGCACAUGGACGAAGUUCGCAAGGUCUGGCCGCAGCUUACUCUCCCUGCGCAACGCUAUAUUGCGUGCUUCGAAACGCUAGCCCAGCUAGCGCUAGCGCACUGCACAACCCAAAUAUGCCACGCGCGCUCUGCACGUUUUUGGCUGCCAUCAGCCUCUGACAACACAGCCGCGGAAAGCGGGAUCAAUCGCCUCUUUACCACCGCUGAGCCACUUAGCACUUUCAUAAGACUGGUGGCCACCUGGGCACACACGCACCGCGUGUCACUAUCUGUGGAGCACCUGCCCGGGGAAAAGAACGCAUGGGCAGACAAGCUCAGCCGAGGAAAGAUAGAUUUCCUGCAGCACAGGGAAGGACGGGUCCGCUUCGACCUGCUUGGGUUAGCCUCCGCCCAGCAUACAGUCUCGCUCUGCCCCGCCGAGGCAGCAUGGGACACUAACCUUCAAGCCGCACAGCACGGCAUUUUAGACAAGGCGCAAUGA